CAUAACCUCAAAUUGGCGCAUUUCUCGACCAGAUUUAUUUAACACCGUUGUUCUUUACAAUAAACGAAGUAGGUAUAAAUAUGAAAAGCCCCAGAAGACUUUCAAAGGCAGAUUUAAACUUGCCAUGCAAGGAAAUGGCUAUUUUCCUUCUUGGAAAAUUGCUAGUUCGAAAAUUGGAAAGUGGUUCAGUCCUAAAAGGCCGAAUUGUCGAAACUGAAUCCUAUUUAGGCGGUGAAGAUAAAGCUUCCAAUACCUACAACGGCAGACAAACUGCCGCAAACGAACCCUUGUACUUGCCAGCGGGAACCGCUUUUGUUUACAUGACCUAUGGAAUGUACUUUUGCUUCAACAUAUCAAGUACUGAACCAGGAGCUGGAGUUUUACUUAGGGCCUUAGAACCACUGCAAGGAGUUGAACUUAUGAAAAAGCUCAGAACCAAGAAGAAUAAAGGGUCUCUCAAAGACACAGAUUUAUGCAACGGUCCCUCAAAAUUAUGCAUGGCAAUGAACAUCAGCAAAGACAAAUGUAACAAACUCGAUAUCACUGAAAGUGAGUCUUUGUGGCUAGAAGACGACGGCGAAGCCGUCGAAAAACCCCAAAUUGUGAGCAGUUCUCGGAUUGGAAUUAAUUCAUCAGCAGGAGAGUGGGCCAAAACACCGCUGCGAUUUUAUGUAGUAUCAAGUCCUCACGUGAGCAAACGAGACAAGAAAGCUGAAGACGCAUUAACCACAUAAUUUUGUGUACUUUUCAAAAAUAAACUUUUUUUCAAAAA